GUAAUGGGCAUGAAUGAAUUAAUCGAAACGGAAUUUGCGCAUCUCACAACAACGGAAUUGCGGGGGACUAUACUUUACUGGCUGGGAAUCAGUGGACAGGACUCGCAAGUCAUGUCCCUGCUGCAGGACAUCGAAAAUACCAUGUAUGUCUAG